CAUCAAUCCACAUCGACCUUGCCAUUUCACGUCUGUCCUUGACAUGAAGCUGGCCUUCAUACGGACACAAAUCAUAAAGAGACAAUGGAGCAAGUGACGGCUGGUCUCGGAGACUUGAGCCUAAACCAGAUCCCCAUCUACCUCCUCAAAACCAAAUCCUCACCCUCAGACAAUUACGAAGAAUACUUCAGCACGAUAGAAAACGGCAAAUUUAAACCCAUCUUCGUUCCAGUCCUGGAACAUCUGUUCCGAGACGAUGCUUUGCGAGCUCUGAAACGGCAUGCAGAACGCUUCGCAUUUGCAGGCGGCAGCGAAGCCACAGCACGACAGAAGGCCACCAACAAUCCCGCAAAACGCCAUAGCGGGAUCAUCUUCACAUCUCAACGAGCCGUGGAUGCGUUUAGCACAGUGAUCAUGAAAUUGGAUCCUUCCAAGAAACAAGCUCUUUUCGAUAAGGAUAUGCCACUCUACGUUGUUGGUCCUGCUACGGCGAAAGGAGUCGCUGCGCUGGACUUGCCGUGCCCGAUUCUCGGCGAGGAGACUGGGAACGGUGAUGCAUUGGCGCAGUUCAUUCUGAAGCAUCAAAAUAGUUUAUCACCAGAACUCACCGCUCUGAAUGGGAGGAAAUUGCCACUUUUGUUUUUGGUUGGAGAGCAGAGGCGGGAUAUCAUUCCAAAAACUCUGCAGUCUGAGGAUUUGCCUCCUACACAACAGAUCCCUGUGACGGAGGUGAUUGUAUACGAGACUGGCGAGAUGACGACUUUCGAGGAAGAGUUCUCAGAUCUGCUUUCUGAGGCGAAAGCGGCGAAGGUCAAGGAGCAGUGGGCUGUUGUGUUCAGUCCACAGGGUUGUGAAGCUAUGCUAAGUGCGCUCGGCUGGCUGGAUGAGAAGUCGGGCAAGUAUAGUUCUGGGCGAAGAGAGAUCAUGUCUGGACCGGUGGCGACGAGGAUUGCUACGAUCGGUCCCACUACGAAAGAUUUCUUGCAGACGCAGUUCGGGUUUGAGCCAGAUGUUUGUGCUGAGAAGCCCAGUCCAGAGGGUGUGGCAGAUGGCAUUCUCAAGUUCAGGGAUACUGCAUGAUCUAUCAAAAGCACUCAAGAUACCCAUUUGAAGCUUUCAUCAAGCAUGUUGCAAUCCU